AUGCCCUCCUUUGCAGGCACCUACCAGGGUCAGUGGCAAUCCGGGAAGCGGCACGGUUAUGGUGUUCGCCAGAGCGUCCCGUACCGCCAGGCUGCCUUGGUGUGCUCCCUGCGCCGCACCUCGCUGGAAUCACUCCGCAGUGACCCCGACCCUGGCGUGCCCCCUGCUCCGCUCCCUCCACCUCCCCUGCCCCCUCCGUUACUCCGGGGGGACAGCCCGGCCUCGGGCUCCCGGGGCGGCUUCGUGCUGGCCUUCCCUGGUGACCUGGACUUCCCCAAGGGGGCCAAGAAGAAGACGGGAGGCUUCUUCUUCCGGCGCUCCCUGCUGCUGAGCGGCCUGCGGGUGCGCCGGGCCGAGUCCAAAGCCUCCCUGGGCAGCAAGCGGGGCUCGCUGAAGAGUGAAGCCGGGGUGAGCUCGACCGGGAGCGAAGCCACCACCCUGAGCUAUGCCGAGACCGAACCCCCCGAGAUGCCGUCACGAUUGGCCAUCGAGGGCUCCUCCACCGAGGUGUACGCCGGGGAGUGGCGUGCAGACCGGCGCAGCGGCUACGGGGUCAGCCGGCGCUCCAACGGGCUGCGCUACGAAGGCGAGUGGCUGGGGAACCGGCGGCACGGCUACGGGCGCAGCACCUACCCCGACGGCACCAAGGAAGAGGGCAAGUACAAGCUCAACCGCCUGGUGAGUGGCAAGGUCAAGAACCUCAUCCCGCUCCGGCGCAGCAAGGUGAAGGAGAAGGUGGACCGGGCGGUGGAGAUGGCACGCAGGGCUGUCAGCCUGGCCAGGCAGAAGCAGGAGAUGGCGGCCACCAGGGCGGCCGAUGCCCAGCUGAAGGCCACGGCCGCGCUGGCCUCUGCCGACAAGGCCGUGGAGGCGGCUCGAGUGGCCAAGAUCCUGGCCCAGGAUCUUCAGCCCAUCCUGGACGACUCUGAGCCACGGCCCCGCCUGGACUCCGAAGGCACCGACACGGACCUGUUAGAAUAUGACAGCCCGGGGGUCUACGAAAAUGGGGUCACCCCGUCCGACGUGACCCCAGACCCCAGCUACCCCCCCACUCCGCUGCAGCACUGGAGGGGGGACUCCCGCCGGACUUGGCACCCUCUGGAGAACGGGGGACCCCCUCGAGUGCCCCCUGCAGAUGCGUCAGACCCUGAGGAUGAGUGGGGGUGCCGGAGGUUCCCUGCCCGGACACCGGGGUUCCCACCCGAGGGACUGUGGGAGAGGGAUGAGGAGGAGGGGGAGGCAGGGCGCCCCCUGGUGGGCACCCCACGCAGCGGCAGCUCUGGAAGCCUCCAGGAGGAAGAGGAGGAGGAGGAGGACUACGAGGAAGAGCUCCCCCAGCUGGAUAUCGGGGAGCCUCAGGUGGGGCCAGAGGUGGCAGGACCCCCGGGGCGCUCUGGACUGGGGGCUGACAAGCUGCCUUUGGGGGUGAGGGCUGAGGCUCAGGGUGAGAAGGAGACAGGAGCGGCCAUGAGACAGGGAGCUCACCCAUUGGUGGUUCUGGCCGUCGUGUUGAUUGACAUCUGCCUGGCUCACCUGUUCUCUCUGCUUCUCACCUGAGAGGGGGUGGGGGGGGCAGCUCCCCACCAGACCCCUCCCUCUGCCCCUUCCCCCACCCCACCUGUCACUCGUUCUCUGCCGCUCUCUCAUUCCCUCUCUCUCACUCAUUCUUCUCUCCUCUAUUUUAUUCUCU